AUUUCGUUGAAAUAAGUUUGGUUUAAGAUGUCGCGGUUUAUCCUUGUAAUUAUUUGUAUAUCUUUACUACUAGGCACUUUCCGUUCUACUCCCAUACGCUAUGAUGGAUAUCGUUUAUACCGAGUUUUGCCACAAAGGUCCGACCAUCUGCAGUUGCUGGCUAAGCUAGAAGUGGAAAGUACAGGGCUGGUAUUUUUAGACGCUAUUUCUUCGCCGGGAAACUAUGUAAGCAUUUUGGUGGCUCCGGAAGCUAUUGACGGAUUUGUCGAAAUUCUGAGGAAUCACAAAAUCAUCCACGAACUUGCAGAAGAGAACUUCCAACACAUUCUUGAUACCGAACGAGUAGAGCUUCGUAAAACAUCAGCUACUAGUUACGAUUGGACUGGAUAUCAUACGCUAAACGAAACAUAUGAUUGGUUGGAAUCGUUAGCGAAGAAUCACCCAAACCAAGUAGAGGUAUUGCUUGGGGGAAGGACAUACGAAGGGCGUCAAAUACGGGGAGUGAAAGUUUCAUUCAAAUCUGGAAAUAAGGGAAUUUUUCUUGAAGGUGGAAUUCACGCGAACGAGUGGAUAUCUCCUGCAAUGGCUACCUAUAUACUCAAUGAGAUUCUGACCAAUUCGGAACCAAAUAUACGAUCACUUGUUGAGCGUUUCGACUGGUACAUUUUCCCCCACUUCAAUCCAGAUGGAUAUGUCUAUACACAUACCACAGAUCGUCUUUGGCGAAAAACUCGUUCAAAAGGAUUGGUAUGCGAUGGAGCGGACCCAAACAGGAAUUGGGGAUUCCGAUGGAUGGAAAUUGGAGCCAGCAAAGAAGAAUGCUCGUCUAAUUUUGGUGGAAAAACUGAAUUCUCAGAAGUGGAAGCUAAAUCACUCUCAGAAUAUCUCUUAACCCUCAAAGGAAAAAUUCACACUUACAUAUCAUUUCAUGCACAUGGACAACUGUUGAUGUAUCCUUACGCGGCGAUUAAAGAGAACGCUCCUAAUCAUGAGCACCUGCAACGAAUUGGCGAAGCUGCAGUGAGAGCAUUAUCAAAACGCUACGGUACUCAAUAUACGUUGGGGAGUACUUACGAAGUCAUUUAUCCAGCCGCAGGAUCUAGUCCCGAUUGGGUUUAUAGCACAUUAAAUGUGCCUGUUGUAUUCACAUACGAAUUGAGGCCAUUGAAGUCGUCAAAUGGGUUCAUACUUCCUUCAUCACAGAUUUUGCCAAGUGGACUGGAGACUUUUGACUCGUUGUUAAGUUUGAUCGCCGAAGCUGACAGUCUAGGAUACUAUUCGUAGAAUAAUUACUAUUUUAAGUCAUAUGUUUGGUUGUGUGUUUUGGUACGUUUUAAGAUUAUUCGGUGAAGAUUCUGUGAUUGAUUUGCUCGCAUAUUAAGAAGACCAUCCAAUAGAUAAUAAGCAUGUAAAACUUUAA